UGAAGACAGUGCAUGAGGCUGCCUUGUCUCAGGAUGGUUAUUUGCUGUAUGUGCAGCUUUAAACGGCAGCGCUUCUGACAGUGAACCUUGUUCCGGCUGAGGGUUUGUCCGCUGGGAAACAUGGCAGCCGCUAUGAACAGGGUGUUUGUGGUGGGAGUGGGAAUGACCAAGUUUGAAAAGCCUGGGGCUCUGGAAGAUGUUGACUACCCUGACAUGGCUAAAGAAGCAGCUCAAAAGGCAUUGGCUGAUGCUGGCAUUGCAUAUUCUGCUGUGGAGCAAGCUUGUGUGGGCUACGUGUAUGGUGAUUCGACCUGUGGCCAGCGUGCAAUCUAUCACAGUUUAGGAACAACUGGAAUACCCAUCAUUAAUGUUAACAACAACUGCUCCACUGGUUCAACAGCCCUAUUCAUGGCCAGGCAGCUGAUACAAGGAGGGCUGGCUGAUUGUACUCUAGCUUUGGGAUUUGAGAAGAUGGAAAGAGGAUCACUUUCUUCGAAGUACACUGACCGGACCAAUCCCAUGGACAAGCACUGUGAGGUGCUGAAUAACAAAUAUGGAAUUUCUGCAGCCCCGAUAGCACCACAGUUAUUUGGAAGCGCUGGCAAAGAGCACAUGAAGAAAUAUGGUACUAAACCAGAGCACUUUGCCAAAAUAGCUUGGAAAAAUCACAAGCAUUCAACAAAUAAUCCAUAUUCUCAGUUCCAAGAUGAGUUCAGCCUUGACCAGGUGAUGAAGUCUCGUCAGAUCUUUGAAUUCCUGACUCUCUUGCAGUGCUGUCCAACAUCUAAUGGUGCAGGAGCAGCUGUUCUGGCGAGUGAGAAGUUUGUACUGAGACAUGGCCUGGAGUCUAAAGCCGUUGAAAUCCUUGCCCAAGAAAUGAUAACUGAUUUGCCCAGCAGCUUUCAAGAAAACAGCUGUAUAAAGGCGGUUGGAUUUGACAUGACCAAGGAGGCAGCAAGAAAAUGUUUUCAGAAAGCUGCUCUCGAGCCUAAUGAUGUGGAUGUCAUUGAGCUUCAUGACUGCUUUUCUGCUAAUGAGCUCAUUACUUACGAAGCUCUUGGGCUUUGUUCUGAAGGUAAAGCUGGACAGUUGAUUGACAAAGGAGAUAAUACAUAUGGUGGAAAAUGGGUCAUAAAUCCAAGUGGUGGACUGAUAUCUAAAGGACAUCCAUUAGGUGCUACAGGCCUGGCCCAGUGUGCUGAAUUGUGCUGGCAACUGAGAGGCGAAGCCCGGAAGAGGCAAGUUCCUGGGGCAAAGGUCGCUUUGCAACAUAACAUCGGGCUUGGUGGUGCUGUGGUCGUAACAAUAUACAGGAUGGGAUUCCCACAGGCUGCAAGAAGACAAAAUAUCCAAGCAGUUCCGACCAGUGCUGUAGCCAGUGUCAAUGGAUUCAAAGCUCAAUCUGUGUUUAGAGAAAUUGAGAAAAAACUUCAGGAGGAAGGAGAGCUCUUUGUGAAGAAGAUUGGAGGAGUGUUUGCCUUUAAAGUCAAAGAUGGCCCUGGUGGAAAAGAAGGAUUAUGGGUAGUGGAUGUCAAGAAUGGCAAAGGAUCAGUAGAUUUCAAUUCUGAGAAGAAAGCUGACUGCACCAUAACCAUGUCAGAUGACGAUUUGUUGGCUUUGAUGACUGGCAAGAUGAAUCCCCAGACUGCCUUCUUUCAGGGGAAACUGAAAAUUGCGGGUAAUAUGGGCAUGGCCAUGAAACUUCAGAACCUACAGCUUCAGCCUGGCAAAGCCAAACUGUGAAGAUUCAUCCCAAGUGAUCUUUGUAACUAUCUGGACAGAGCACCAGCCUCUGAUCACAUGACAUGAGUGGCAGGUUGCCAGAGAGGAGGUUAGGAGCUGCUACCUUCAUGUUUGAAACAAUCUGGAAUAAUUUCCAAUACUUUCUAAUUACACUUGAAGUUUGUAACACUGGUAUUUUGCUGAGCAGAUUUGAGAAAAAUGCAACUAGUUAUAUUCUAACUGAUUCAGUCUAUUUCGGGAAAUGAUGUAAAUGUAACUUUGAAUAUAUUUUGUAAAAUGCUUUAUUACUAGCUAUAUAUCUGCAUUGUAUGAGUACAACCAUUGAAUAGGUUUUUGAUGGAUUCAGCUGCCUGACUUUAAUUUACAUUAAACAAACUUUUUAAAUUUGCCUUACUAGCAGAUUCUUUGAAUUAUCACCUUUGCAAUUCCUUAAUCAAUAACUUCUCAGGAUUUAUAUGCUAGAUGUUGUAGCAUCCUUAGUAAAAGAAUGAAAAUAAAUCCUGUUUUAUCUCUU